AUUGGCUUUCAGUGCGGCCUCUCCUUAUAGAUCCAUGCCUCUGCUCCAUGCGUCUCAUUUCUAAAUCGUCUCUGAUAUAACGACCUGGUUCGACCUGCAGCCCCGCGAUUCAGAUUCUGGUCUCCUACUACUGAAAAGCAACACUAAACAUGUCGGACGAAGGUAAAUUGUUCAUCGGCGGACUGAGCUUCGACACCAACGAGGAAUCUCUGACUGCGGCCUUCAGCAAAUAUGGCUCCAUCGAGAAAGUCGACGUGAUCAGAGACAAAGAGACGGGGAAUUCCCGCGGUUUCGGCUUUGUGAAAUACGACAAUGCCGAAGAUGCUAAAGAUGCUAUGGAUGGCAUGAACGGCACAACUCUUGAUGGCCGGCCAAUCCGUGUAGAUGAAGCAGGAAAGGGCGGACGAAGCAGGACCAAUUUUGGAUCAACAAGAGGACAACGAGGCGGAUUCGGAGGGCGCGCGAGAGGAGGAAGCGGCGGCGGAGGAGGAUAUGGCGGAGACCGCAACUACGGCGAAAGAAGCUACGGCGGCGGCGGCGGCGGCGGCGAAAGAAGCUAUGGCGGCGAGGGACGGUCUGGUGGUGGCGGCGGCGGCCAGUACAGAAGCGGAGGCGGAGGCGGAGGCGGCGGAUAUUCCGGCUACAGAGACAGCAGGGGUCAAAGUGGCUACAGUGACCGCGCGGGCUCCUAUCGCGACAAUUACGAGUAAAAAUCUCCCCGAUUCAAGAUAAUCGUUUGGCUGGCUGUAUUUCAAAGAUGGCGCCUCAAGAAAAAUGUCCACGUGUUUUUGCUGACCUUAGUUUUGUAGUUCUGUUGUAGUAGCUCGAGCAUCUAACUGUAACCAUGAUUUUGUCAUUCCAUUUCAAAGUUCAAGACUAUUUACCUUGCUUGAUUGGACAUUUAUUCAUUAAAGGUCGUUUGUUAACUAAAAUGCUUUGUGUAAUCUGAUUAGUUCUGUCCCAAUUUGAGGGCCGAACAAUGGCUCGCCACGUGGCUUCGCGUUGAACAGCCAUUAGCAUCGCCGUAGACUUUUUGUCCACCACGUAAAGUGUUUCUUGAUUUUGAUUCCUUAUUUAGUUUAGUUUUUUUUGUAUAUUGAAAUAUCCGAUGGGGCUUGUUUUUUCUUUCACUUAUUUCCCCUCAGUCGCUGUGGUCGAAUACCUAUUGCCAGGUUUUAAACGGAGUAAGGACAGAAAUCCAAUUACGCUUAAACAGACUUUUGGGGGAAUUUAAUGCUAAAUUCCUUUUACCAUUAAACACUUUGUCAGACUGCUACACAUCCGAAGUGACCGGCUGUUUUAAGUUGCAAAAUUGCAGCAUGCUCCAGUCUGUCCAUGGUAUCUUCUGUGCUCUGCUCAACAUUUUAAUGUGCUGUAAAAUGGAUUGAAAAUUGUUUAAGUGACUGAAAAAAUGUAACUUCAUUUCCCCAAAGUAUUCUCUCAACCGGGAUCGGUUGUGUACUUUAUGUUCUUUGUAUGAUCAGCCUUUUUCUUAUUUCUUUUGUCAGUUCGGCUUCAUGGAGCCCAUUAAACAGACUGUGGAAAAAAAUAAAGAUACUCUAUACUAGAA